AUGGCACACUCCACAGGUUCAGGAAACACUAUAAAAAGCGGUUUGAUUGAUUUUACGGCUGGUUCCCUCGGCGGGGUAGCUGUGGUUUAUGUCGGCCAGCCAUUGGAUACAGUAAAAGUUAAAAUGCAAACAUUUCCACACCUAUACAAUGGUAUGGUAGACUGCUUGAAACAGACAUUUAAAAAUGAUGGUGUUGUAAGAGGUCUAUAUGCAGGAACAACUCCUGCUAUAAUGGCUAAUGUAGCAGAAAAUUCAGUUUUGUUUGCUGCCUAUGGAUACUGCCAAAAAUUUGUUUGUAAGCUCACUGGCACAGAGAAAGUAGAGCAACUAUCCACCAUGGGCAAUGCCUCAGCUGGGUUUUUGGCUGCAUUCUUCUCAUCAUUUACCCUCUGUCCUACAGAACUGAUCAAGUGCCAGCUGCAAGCGAUGAGAGAAGUUAAUGUGCAGGGUUCACAAACAGUUAUGAAGAUAACACCAUUGCAGUUAACUCAGCAGAUAUUUAAGGAAUAUGGUAUUCAAGGACUUUUUAGAGGUUUGGUGCCGACAAUAAUGAGGGAAAUGCCGGGAUAUUUCUUCUUUUUUGGAGGAUAUGAAGGUACGAGAGAGUUUCUAGCCAAACCAGGCCAGUCAAAGGACGACAUCGGUUUUCUAAAGACAAUGAUAGCUGGUGCAGUGGGAGGCUGUGUGCUAUGGACCGUAAUAUUUCCAUCUGACGUCAUCAAAUCACGGAUACAGAUAUCGAACAAGAAACAAAAGUUCCUUACAGUUGGAAUGGAUAUUGUAAGAAAUGAAGGUGCCCUGGCCCUAUUUAACGGAUUAAAACCAACACUGGUGAGGACAAUACCAGCCACUGCAGUACUCUUUGUGAUAUAUGAAUACUCAAAGAAAUUCAUGCAUCAAUCAUUCGGGGACUAA